CAGCAGUUAGGGUUUUAUUUCUCUCUCGCACUUGGGUUAAUUCGCCGGAGGCUGGAGGAAGAUCAUCUUGGAUCGAAAAUGGUGAAGGGUCGUCAAGGAGAGAGAGUCAGAUUGUACGUAAGAGGAACAGUCCUUGGAUACAAGAGAUCAAAAUCAAACCAGUACCCGAACACGUCCCUCGUCCAGAUCGAGGGUGUGAAUACCCAGGAAGAGGUGGCAUGGUACUUGGGGAAACGUAUGGCUUACAUCUACAAGGCAAAGACUAAACAGAACGGGUCACACUACCGUUGCAUAUGGGGAAAGGUCACCAGACCUCAUGGUAACAGUGGCGUUGUCCGAGCCAAGUUCAAGUCAAACCUUCCUCCAAAGUCUAUGGGAGCUAGAGUCCGUGUCUUCAUGUACCCAAGCAACAUAUAAGGAGGCAAGAUUCGAAAUCUUGGUUCAUUCUGCAACAAUCAGAAGGCAACAAGUUUAUCUAUCACCUUGUUUCUGGAGUUUUGAUCCCUUUCAUUCUGCAACAUCCACCAGUGCUUGAUGUCAUAUGUCUUUGUCCUCACUCGACUUAGAUACAUUAUUUUUCUUGGAAAAUUUACAGUUUUGAUGAAUUGAAUUCCAUCAAUCAUUGUUUCUUACGUUGCUCAAUUGUAUAACACUGUUCUUCAGUUAGAAAUCAUCCCUCCAUUAUGUCUA